AUGUACUUCGGUACGAAUUCGGCGGAAGUGAACAUAGAAGAAGGGUUGCCCCGUUCACCGCCGCUGCUGGCUCAGCCCAACCUCCCCUUUGGGUACCCGGUCCAUGGGGUAGAGGUGAUGCCCCUGCACACGGUUCCCCUCCCAGGCCUUCAGUUUGAAGGACAAGACGCCCCCUUCUAUAAGAUGCUGCUGCUUCCGCCGCAAGAGGAAGUUGCGACCACAGCCGCGGCCGCGGCCACGGCCACGGCCGUGGUUUCUGUGCAUGUUGCCUCUGUCAGGGCUCUCACCCACAUCCACCCUGGGGUGCUGGUACACGGUGCUGGUGUAUGUCAGGUGCUGGAGGACGAAAUUCAAAAGCUGCCGGUUCCUGGUCGAAACGGUCAGGUGCUUCUGGCCUCUGCCCUGCACCACACUGUCCGGGACGUCAGCAAGGGUGUUCAGGGUCCCCAGAGACGCUGUCAGCAGAGGAAGCUCAGAGACCUGGUGACCAUCGCCACCAAAACUUUCCUCCGUCCCCACAAGCUCAUGACCAUGCUCCGGAGCAUUCGGGAGUUCUACCCAGACUUGACCGUGAUCGUGGCCGAUGACAGCAAGGAGCCCCUGAAGAUUAACGACAACCAUGUGGAGUAUUACACCAUGCCCUUUGGGAAGGUAGGUGGCAGUGUGCUCGGGAACGUGUUCCAGUUUAAGCUGUUGCUGGAGCGGAGUCAGAAUGGGGACUGUCUUCACCGGAGGCCAGGCUCUUUCGGACCCCUGGAUGGCUUCCCCCGCUGUGUGGUGACCAGCGGCGUGGUCAACUUCUUCCUGGCCCACACAGAGCGACUGCAGAGAGCUGGCUUCGACCCCCGCCUGCGGCGAGUGGCUCACUCAGAGUUCUUUAUUGAUGGGCUCGGGAGCUUGCUUGUGGGGUCGUGCCCAGAAGUGAUCGUAGGUCACCAGGCCCGUUCUCCAGCGGCGGACCUGGAGAAGAUGUACAGCACGUUCCGGACCAACACCCACGACCAGAUCCAGUUCAAGCUGGCUCUCCAUUACUUCAAGAACCAUCUCCAGUGCUCCACAUAA